GACUGCCAGCCACCUUCCCCACGAUGCCUCUGGAGCUUACUGUCCUCUACAACUCCUUGCUUUUUACUAUGAGAACGUCUGACUCUGCUAUCGAAGGAGAAGCAGAAGAAAUACACCAGAGUCUCCUCAGGGUUCUGGAGGCUUGUGGGGCCUGUGGGCAGGAUCUUAGCACCGAGGAGCUGUGGCAAAAGGUGCUGCAGGUCGUAACUGCAGAGGAGCUGCAGGCACCUUUGCACCGACUGGGGGCCCUGCAAGCAGCAUGCUGGCUGGCAGACAGCCGACUGGAAAGCACUGCCGGCCUCUUCCACCUCCUGAACAAUGCUGAGAACCUGCGGAGAGCUCACUGCAGUGAGGGGCAGAAUGAACUCCUCUCCCUCCUCAAGGCAUGGCGAGUGCCUGCUGAGGAAGCCUCCUUGCACCUUGUUCAGAGCGUUGAAGACUUGAAAGAGAUCCUCUGCACCACAGCAGCCUUUCUGCAAGGGCUGCAGGAACUGAAGGCUGGAAACUUCCCCACCGCCCUCUCCUUCUUCCAUGAGGCUGCUGGAGGAUUCUGCUCCAAGAGGGUCCUGGCCCAGAUCUACACCUGCCUCGGCUGCUGCACUCAGCGAAUGGGCAAGCCUCAGAUGGCUCUUCAGCACCUGAAACGGGCCCUCCAGUUGGACUUCCAGUGCCUUCCUGCCCUGUCCCACGUGGCAGCAGUGUACCGUGAGCUGGGAGAGACUGAUGCAGAGCUGCAGGCCCUGGCUCUGCUCUAUGAGGCUCUGGAAAAAAACCCUCCAGCAGCUGCUUCCUCUAGUCCAUAUCUCCUAAUCCGAACAGACCUUCUUGUCCACACACCAAUACUAGCUUCUCUCUUUCGCCAUCGCCACCCUUCUGAAGUGAAGUACUUGCUGGCACAGCGGUGUCUUCAGGAUGGGAGGGUGGCUGAUGCAGUGAAACAUUACCUGGAUUUUCUGUCUCUGCUUCAGGAGGGGCUGCAGCAGCAGGUGCCCCUAGAUAGUGACUCUGCUUUGCCCAGGAUCCCCGAGGUGUUCCUGGAAGCAGCAUCUGCCUUGGAGGAGGCCGGGAGGCACCAAGAUGCCAUAACCGUGUGCGAGGAGGUCAUCAGCCGGACGACUGACCUGAUCCCACGGGUGUUACAAGUAGAGGAGAGGCUGGAGCAGCCAGAGUGCCUAUUGCCAGGGGCAGAGCUGAAGGGUGGACUCCUCUCCCAGAAGGAGAGUCUGUGCUGCCUUGCCUGGAGAGCAGCUGGGUACCUGCACCAGGGCUGGGCAUGGGCCACGCUGGGCAAGAGCAAGGAGGCCGUAACGCAACAAAGGUGCCUCAGUGAUCUCUUGCGAGUCCAGCUGUAUGGGUCUGGUGUUGAACUGACAGACAAUCUCCUGCUAGAAGUGAAGGUGCUCCAGAAGAUCAGGUUGCUCUCCCUCAUCGGGCGAGGUACGCAGUUCCUGGAGCUGGGGAAGCACAAGGAAGCCUUGUUAGAUUUCCAGUACGGUUUGCAGAUCUCACCAGGUGACCCAGCUGCCGCCUCCUACCUGGUGCAGGCCUUGUGGAAACUGGACCGAAAGCAGGAGGCGGCUGCUCGCUGGCAACAGCUCUCCCAGAGCCCCGCAGGGGAGGACGGGCAGGAGGAAGGGGAGGGAAGGCCCUUCCCUUUGUACCUGGUUUCAUGUCUGAAGCAGGCGACAUUUCCACACAGUGAAUCUCUUGCCAAGAACAUACAGGAUUACCUCAGUGCCACAGACUAG